AUGACUCUUCUUACGAGUCAGUUGAUGAAGCUCCGACAGGAUGCUUCAUCCAAUAUGGAAAUAGAUGCCCGGAAACGCGUCUCAGUCCUGUACACGCCAGAAGAAGCGGCAAAAUUGAGCUUGAGCGUCGUCCUUGAACUCGCCCAAUCGGGUCUUUCGUUCCUCUCUGAAAUCGAUGAUAAAAUUGUCGAAUAUGCGGAUGAUCUUUUCUCGCCCGGAUCUGUCGAGCUCGAGCGAAGUAUGCUCAAGCCAGAAGAUCAUAAGAUCCUAUCAGACAAGAUUCGCUUAUUUCUGGUUCAUCUUGCCCCGCAUUAUCUCAUCCGAGCAGGUCAAAAGUGUCUUGAAUGGCUCCUUGCUAGAUAUAACGUCGCAGAAGUUCAAUAUGCCGACCUUCUUUUCUCCCUGAUGCCAUAUCACUCGACAAACCUUUGGACAAAGGUUGCGUGCCAAAUCAAGUUUCAAGGCAACUGGCGCUGGUUGAAGAACUACAAGCACGAAGCGAUUCAUAGGGAUGUCAUUGUCAAAGAGUUUUCGUUGAACUUGCAGCUCUUAUCCGACUUUUACAAGAUCUUCGAGCUCGCAGCGGAUAAUGAAACUAAUCCGAUAGUUGUGUUUGGCAUUUCGAUUUCAAACCUGCUUGCUACAAAGCCAAAAGAAAGUGUCCUCGCUGUACUCGUUCAAAGCGUUAUGAAAGGUUUCCAAUCUGACAAAGUCGCACUUAGAGCUCAUGCGAUCACCACCAUGGCUAGUCUUACUCUUCAAACAACGAGUUCUGCUUUGCUCGACGAGUCUUUGGCUAAGAAAAUAUUGAAGAUUUCACUGAAGGAUGGAUGUCCUCUAAACCUCGAAGCUUUCAACUCUGUUUCUCUUGUCGCUCAUUGCUCAGAAAUUGAAAGUUUGCCAUCGAAAUUUUUCACCCGCACGAUGAAGUACAUUGCUGAAGGUUCUAUGCUUCCUCAAAUUUCCAAAAGCUCAGCGAAAGUCUUUCUUCUCCUCUUGAACCAAGCAACUCCCCUUGCUCUUGAAGAAGAUCAAUCAGCUUUGGCGACUGUCGAGUACAUCUUGCAUCAGCAAAGUUCGCAUAUAGAUAUUUCAAGCGCUUUGGAAUUUGUCGUUGCGUCUGAUUCCGAUAGUAAGGGAGCGUUAUUGGCGUUGUUCAGACGCUCUUGUAACGCUGACCUUCUUCCGAAGAUCAUGAAUGUUUUGACAAUUGAAGAUACAAGUAAACUUCCUGCGGAAGUACUCAUCCAACACCCUGAAAAGAAGAUAAGAAUGAAUGCGCUCUCAAAGCUUGAAAAAGUCCCUGAAAACGAAAAUCUUCUGCGCUCUUUCAUCGACGGAGAAAAUGAAAGCGAUUUGGUCACUCUUGCGUUUGAAAAAAUCGAACUCAGCAAACGACACGUUCCUUUCGUUUGUAACCAAGCGUUGAGGUUAAACAAGCCAGAUUUACUUGAAACGUGUGCGGCGCUAGAAGAUUUGCAAAACUUUGAAAAAUACAAGUUGCUCGCCUACUCGAUGGCAUUGGGAAAUGAAGAGUCUGUUUCGAAAUCUCUCGGAGGUUCUCGAGUCGCAAACUGUAGCUUCGUCGACUUUGAUGAGCUCAUAAAAAUCAUGGAAACGGACAAAUUGGGAGAUGCCUUGAAAGCAAUUUCCAAGGAUGUAGCACGGACAGAAACGAAUCAAGUCGAUAAACGAUCGUUUAUCGGCGAGUUGUUUGGAAUUAAGCUGCCGAUUCAUAUUACCGACAAGUUCGCUUUCUUCGCCCUUUCUUGUCCAAAUCUUCUUGGAAAUUUUAUCAACGAGCAUUUGCCCAAGAAUGUGGAGCUCGAAGUCUCAAACAAGGUAACUGCCGGUCGAUUUUUCGCGCGUCUUGCGUUCCGGCAUACAGAAGGAGUCGGCCCUGCUCUCAUGGUCAUCAAACUCUUAGGAUCCACAGAAGAGUAUUGUCCGGUGAUUGAGCUUUUGGCCCUACUUGGAAUGUCCAAUACUGAGGAUUCAACAAGAUCACUUGCUUUCGAAAUUUUCGAGGGCAUCCAGGCAUCUCGUGAUUCGGAAGAUAAAGUCGCAAAGAAAAUCAUUAAAAAGAAAGGAGAAAUCCUCUCUGAUGGCAAGCAGCUAAAGCAAGUUCUUGGUCGAAUAGUCGAAAAACAAGGAGCUGAGAACUGGUCUCUUUUACACGGUCAACUUUCUCGAUUUGGUUUGCCGAAGCUUCUUGAGCUCUGUUCUGCCAAUCUCGCGGAUUAUGUCGUCCCUGCUUUUAUUGAAAAACGAUCUCUUGAUACAAGCCAUGCUUACUUCACCUCAUUAUUUGCGCUGAUGCAAAACAUGACAACCGACAUUUCCAACAACACUGUCGACGCUAUCGAUAAUCAACUAUCUUCCGGUCUUCUCAGUGGUCAAAACACUUCUGAGUUGCUUGUUGCCUUGUCAGGAAAAGCGUUUUCCUCGAAACAGAAGCAAAUAUCUCUGGCUAAGAAGCUCCUCUCGAUUGCGCAUGAAAGUGCGCAGACAAAUUCUGGCAUUUCGGAAGCGACUGUCGGCUAUUUGAAAAAUUUGCCUUCAGCAGUCAUCAAAAGCAUUCUUGCUGGCUGCCGCAAAACUAACGAAAAGACCAGUUUAACAAGAGCAAAGAAAGCUAAGAAAGACCAGCCUGAAUUCACUCUUGAAUUUGUACUCUUCGUAAUUGAGCGAUUGAGCUCAUUCGACCAACUUGCUAAUGAGAUCAACGACAUUUUCGAAGACUCGCUGGGCAACGAAGGCAACACAGAAAACAUGAUUCAAACGCGUGUUGUUGGCCUAGCUGCUUCAACGAAAUUCGACAAGCUUAGGCCCGAAUUGCUCGUUGAAGUUACACCCGACAAGGUGCUUCAAAGCUUGAUGUCUGUUUUCACUUUCAUGGGCGCCGGGUUGCUCCCACGAGCUGACGAUCGCUAUUCCUUCCAUUCGAUUCAAGAAACCAUCAAAUGCGUAGUCCCACCACUUUUGAAAGCUUCGGGAAAACGUAAUCAACUUGGAAAUAUUCUUGACGUUUUCUGCACGGCACUUCCUCAUGUUCCUGUUCAUCGACAAGGAGCUGUUUUUGAGUCUCUAAUUAUCAGAUGCGAUCCAGAAAAGGCCCUCUGGUUGACUCUUGUUCAGCUAGCCGUUAAACACGUGAAAAAUUUCAACGGAGAAGGAAAAGACGAAUCCAUAUUGGAUCCCUCUGUUUACACAGAACUCAUGUCUCUUUUGGUCAAGCGAUUUCCCGUUGAAGUUGUUCUCCAGGCUGCAGUUGAAAUACUUUCGUUCUUGAAGGAAACUGGCUUCGAUGCUUCUGAUGAACUUGAUUUGAAAAUGAAUACUAAACUCACUGGUGGACGAGUUAUGCAGGUCAAUUUCUAUUUAGUCUCUUUCCUCAACAGAUUGUUUGGAUCAAUGGACUUCCUUCAUACACAACUAGCGCAGAUCACUGAUGUCGAGCAAGAAUCAAUCGUUCAAAUUUACAGAGAGCUUCUUGAGAAGUCCUUUGCUUACACGGAAACAGUACAGCCACGACAGAGCGAAAAAACCUUCAAGGGUCUGGCGUCGAAGGUCAACGGAAUUAUUGAGAAGAUUCUUGGUCUUCUACCUAGCGUUGAGUUCGCCCAGUGCGUAACAGGACUCCUUAUGAAUUCUCUAAAAACAUCAACUGACUGGUUGACUCUUCAAUCGCUCGAAGUUCUCUGUACUCGCCUGAGACGCAGUGAUGCUGAUGAAACGGAGACACUUAUCGAAGCUGGUAUUCUGGAACACUUGGCGAAAGUCUUCGAAAAUGAGUCCAUCACAUGUAUCAAUCUCGCCGCAAAGUCUGUUAAAUUGCUAGCGAAGCUUUCUGGAGAGCAUCAACUCAAAAAAUUCAAAGGAUUGAUGCCUUCGCUGAAGAAGCUUUUGACUGCGUCUGAUAAGUGCCAUAUUGGAAUGAAAGAUAGCGCUUUCGGACCCGUUGUUCUCUGCUGCGCUGUUCUUUUGGCAAGAUUGAAAGUUCAGGCACUGGGGCAUUUGAACUGGACUAUUGAAUCAAUCAUCGCGGGUAUCACGAAGGCUGACUCUGAAACGCUCAAAAUUAUUACCGUUGCAUCGCUUGGAAAAAUUUUGUCGGAAAUGAGUGGGUUCGUAUCCCCACACUUGCCAAUGAUUUUGACGGCACUCAGCCAGUUUUCACUAAAGAACGAUUCUGAAUUGGAACGACGAGUUGCUAUUUGCAUCAAAGAACUUGGCGGCUUUCCUUCCAGAGUUCUUCUUCCUGAGAUCGCCUCUGUUUACUCGACUUUGGACGGCAGCUCUGUUGUGACUCUCCUAGCGAUUGUCGAAAAGCACAUUGAUAGUUUGGAAAAAGGAGCUGCUGUUAGACAACAGUCAGUUUUCCAGGACUUUUUCUUGCGUGCUCUGGCUUUCAGAGAGGAACAUCCGGACAUCGAUGCUGCUUCUGCUACUGAAAUUGAAACUGCAACUUGUAACGCAAUGGUGCAGUUGGCUCUUCGACUUCCUGAAGCUUCUUUGAGACCUUUCUUGUUCAAGACAUUCAACUGGGCGGCAAAUGAAGGGGGUGGAGCUGCUCGGCUAUUCCCACUUUACAUACUUUAUGGGAAGAUGACUGAGGUCAUGAAGUCAAUGUUCCUCAUCUUUACAGGAUCACUUACACCGCACUUUAUUGAUAUUUUGCCCAAGAUCACGGACAGAAGCAAUGCAUUUACGAAUUCUGCACCGCUGAAGACCGAAUUACUCCGACGAAUGCUACAAGUUCUCUCGCUCAUUUUCGUGAAUGACACUGGAGAGUUUUUGGAUGAAAGCGCGAUCAAUGAUCUUAUUCCAUUACUGAUUGACUUGUUGGAACACAAUGAGCUUGCUGAUUACGACUCUUUCUGCAAGAAAGAUUUGAUUCCUUGUAUUUCCCAUGCCGCGACUGCAAUCAGCGAUGAUGCUCUCUGGCGGCCUUUGAACUAUCGAUUGCUUUUGAAAACGAGAAAUGAGAAUGCCGAAGUUCGUCUCGCAGCUUUGGAUUGCCUUGACGACCUGAUUGACAAGCUCGGAGAUGAUUGCCAGACUCUGCUUCAAGAAUCUGCACCGCAGUUCUUCUCUGAGCUGCUGGAGGAUGACGAUGAACGAGUAGAAAAGAAGAUGCAGGAGACCAUCGCCAAACUUGAACAAGUCUUCGGCGAAAGCGUCCAAUCUUACUUUACAUAA